GUGUCGACUUUAUUAGAGACGUUUAUCGAUUGGUUCCCUACAAAUAAACGAUUUUCUCAUUGAAAAUUGGGUUUCUUUGGAGAAAAUGAACAUUCUUCCAAAAAAAAGAUGGCACGUACGGACUAAAGACAAUAUCGCUCGAGUGCGCCGUGAUGAAGCCGAAGCAAAAGAAAAAGAACAAAAACGGCAAGAAAAAUUAUUGUUGGCGGAAAGUGAAGCUCGUAUAAACUUUCUGAGAAAGAAGACGGGACUGCCUGAGCGUCACAAUGACAGUGGCGAAAUCUCUGUACUACCAGCACACGAAGAUCAACAACAUGUAGAUUUAUUUGCUGAUUAUAGAUCCCACACUAAAACCACAAAUAAGGCGUCGGAAGAAGAAAAAAAGGAAGAACGAGAAAAGUAUGAAAAACAAAUCGGCUACUUGACAUACUUGGGACAGGAUACGAAUGAGGCGUUAAAAUUGCGAAGCUGGUACGAGGUUGCACCACAAAGACCAGAAGUGGGUGAUGAUAAUAUCGUUGAAAAAGAUGUUAAAAGUAAACGAGCACAAGAUCCUUUAACGCUUAUUAAUGCCUUACUACCUAGUGACCAGUCAAAGACUGUAAAGCCAUCCACAACCAAGCUUUUUCGUGAAAAUAGUGGCACUGGUAUUUACCAGCAAAUUCCCACGAUAAAAAAAGAUGAAAAUAAAACUAAAGAACUCGAGCAUCGAAGACAUAAAAAAGGGAAGAAACAUAAGAAGCACAAGCACAAAAAGGAUAAAGGGAAAAAGAGAAAGCACCACAGCCAUGGAGAAAGGAAGUGUGACUCGGAAGAGCGGCAACGACUUAACCGCGAAAAAUUGGAAAAGCUUCGUAAGGAACGACUACUACGAGAGGCUAGUGAACGUGCAAGGCAAGAAGAACUUCUGGCACCAAAAAAUGUUACACAAGAACUGAAGAAUACGGAUAUAACUCCAACUCCACGAAUUGUCCAAAAAUACAAUAGCCAAUUCAACCCGGAAAUAGCAAAACAAAAUAUUAUUUAAUUUACUAUAAACUAAAAUUUUAAAUUUAAUAAUUUUUUUUGUUUAUAAUCAAUUUUUUUAUAAUAGUUAAUUUACUAAUAUACAUAGGUAUAAACAAAUUUCCAUUUACGCAUCCUUUGCGCAGCGGAAUCCCAAGUUACCGGAUGAACUGUCUUCCGUAUUUUGGGAGCGGGCAGCACACCGGUAGCGGUAGCAAUAGGAUUUGUGACAUAAAUACGAACCACCUUUCUUUACGCGUGGUGGAUUCGAACUAACGUCGUUCGUUUGCCAUAGGUCUUGCGUCCAUUCCCAAACAUUUCCAACAAUAUUGUAAAUAUCAUAGUCGUUUUGUCGAAAUUUGCUCACAGGACAAGUUAUACUAUAACCAUCUUCAGCCGUAUUCCCAUCAGGAAAAUCUCCUUGCCAUAUAUUUAGCCUUGAAUCACACAAUUGUUAUCCUAUUAAAUAAAUCUACCAUUUUAACUUA